UGUUGAUGGUGAUGAGGAUGAUGAUGACGAUGAAGAUGAGGAUGAGGAUGCUGAUGAGGAUGAGGAUGAUGAUUAUGGUAAUGAUGAUGAUGAUGAUGAUCAUGAAGAUGAGGAUGAUGAUGAUGAUGAUGUGGCUGAUGAUCACGAUGAAGGUGAGUUUUACGAUGAGGAGGAGGACGAUGAGGAUGAAGACGAGGAUCAGGAUGAGAAUGAGGAUGAUGUUGAGGAUGAUGAUGAGGAUGAUGGUGAGGUACAUGUUGAAGAUGAUGAUGAGGAUGAUGAUGAGUAUGAUGAUGAAGAUGAUGAUGAGGAGAAUGAGGAUGACGGUGAUCAUGAUGAUUAUGAUGAGGAGGAGGUUGAUGAUGAGGAUGAGGAUGCGGAUGAGGACGAUGAUGAGGAUGAUGAUGAGGAUGAUGAUCGUGACGAUGAUGAGGAUGUUAAGGAUCGGGAUGAUGAUGGGGAUGAAGAUGAGGAUGAUGAGGAGGAUGAUGAUGAGGAUGAGGAUGAUGAUGUGGAUGAAGUUGAGGAUGAUGAUAAUGAUAAUGAUGAGGAUGAGGAUGAUGAUGUGGAUGAUAAUGCUGAAGAUGAGUUUAAGGAUCGGGAUGAUGAUGAGGAUGAGGAUGAGGAAGAUGAUGCGGAUGAUGAUGAGGAUGAGGAUGUUGAUGUGGAUGAAGUUGAGGAAGAGGUUAAGGAUGAGGAUGAGGACCAGGAUGAGAAUGAAGUUGAUGAUGAUGAUGAGGAUCAGGUUGAGAAUGAGGAUGAGGAUGCGGAUGAGGGCCUAUAUAUGGAUGAUGAUGAAGACGAGGAUGAGGAUGAGAAUGAGGAUGAUGUUGAGGAUGAUGAUGAGGAUGAUGGUGAGGUACAUGUUGGAAAUGAUGAUGAGGAUGAUGAUGAGUAUGAUGAUGAAGAUGAUGAUGAGGAUGAUGAUGAGGAUGAAGAAGAGGAUGAUGAUGAGAAUGAUGAUGAGGAUUAUGUUGAGGAUGAUGAUGCGGAUGAUGAUGAGGAUGAGCAUGAGGAAGUGGAUGAGUAUGGUGAUGCUGAUCACGAGGAAGAGGAUGAUGAAUAUGAUGAUGAGGAUGAUGAUGACGACGAUGACGAAGAUGAUGAGAAUGACGACUACGAUGAAUACGAGGAUAACGAUGUUGAUGAGGAUGAUGAUGAUGAUGAGGAUGGGGAUGAAGAUGUGGAUAAGCUUGAGGAUGAAAAUUAUGAGGAGGAUGCGGAUGAGGAUGAGGAUGAGGAUGAAGGUGAUGAACAUUUUGAUGAAGAUGCUGAUGAUGAUGGUGAUUAUGAUUACGAUGAUGUUGAUGUUGAUGAGGAUGAGAUUGAAGAUGAUGAUGAUGAUGACGCGGAUGAUUAUGAUGAUGAUGGUAAUGAUGAUCAUCAUGAUGAUGACGAUGAUGAGGACGAGCAGAAGGAGGAUGAGAAUGAGGCUGAGGAUGAAGUUGAGGAUGAGGAUGAGGAUGCGGAUACGGAUGAGAAUGAGGAUGAGGAUGAUGAUGAUGAACAUGAUGAUGAUGAUGAUGUUGAUUAUGAUGAGGGUGAUGAUGAGGAUGAUGAUGAAGAUGAUGAUGAGGAUGAUGAUGAGCUUGAUGAUGGGGAUGAUGAUGAGGAUGAUGAUGAGGAUGUUGAUGAGGAUGAUGAUGAGGAUGAUGAUGAGGAUGAUAAUGAGGAUGAUGAUGAGGAUGAUGAUGAGGAUGAUGAUGAGGAUGUUGAUGAGGAUGAUGAUGAGGAUGAUAAUGAGGAUGAUGAUGAAGAUCAUCAUGAGGAUGAUAAUGAGGAUGAUGGUGAGGAUGAUGAUGAUGUGGAGGAGGAUGAGGAUGAUGAUGAUGGUGAUGAGGAUGAUGAUGAGUUUGAUAAUGAAGAUGAUGAUAAGGAUGAAGAUGAAGAUAAUGAUGAGGAUGGUUGUGAGGAUGAUGUUGCGGAUGAUGACGAGGAUGAUGACGAGUACGAUGAUGGGGAUGAUGACGAGUAA